UGUAGGCAGUGCUGGAGGUUACGUGACGAUGGCGGAGCCAAGUGCAAAAAGAUCCAGGCAGCCCAGACAGCCCACCUCGAGUGCCGUGCGAGGUUUUUUGAAAAAGUUUUCUUUGCCAGGUUCAGGCACUGAUCCUCUCGUCUUUUUCAGCAGCCAUCAUGACGAGCUCCGACAGGUUCUGCUCGAGGAGCUUCAGUCUCACCCUUUCAAGGUGGUUUUAGUUUUGAGGGUGGAGAUGACACGAGAGUCGGCCACGGGUAGUACGUCUGCCUUCCCGUUUUUUAGAAGUAGACCGGCUCGGAUCCUCAGCGAAGGGGAUAUUGAUAGUGCAGUCAAGACGAUGGUGGCGAGGAUCACUGGUCUUAUUGAUAAGUGGGUGCAGAACGGAUCUGACUGGACCGUUUCUCGAGUGAGACAGCUGGAUGUGUCGACAGCAAAGUACACUCCUCUUCGAGGUGGUGCAGCUGAUAUCCCGCCCAAAUUAGAAAAAAAGAAGGCCAUCAUUAACGUAAAGAACAACGAUGACAGGUGUUUGAUGUGGGCGUUAUUGUCAGCGAUGCAUCCCAUCGACAACAACCCACAGCGUGUAUCCAGGUACACCCAGUACGUUGAUGAGCUGCGGUUCGAUGGUGUGAUGUUCCCUGCAACGCUCAGUGAUGUACCCAAAGUGGAGUUACAGAAUGGUCUUGCAAUCAAUGUGUUUGGCUACGAGGGGAAUCUGUACCCACUGUAUCUCAGCGAGCGACAGGAGACUCCAAUCAACCUGCUUCUACAUGACAACCACUUCACAUGGAUAAAAAACUUCAGUCGUGCAUGUGAGAAUAAGAACAAGCGGGCAACACACUAUUGCUUCCGAUGCCUCUCCGCACACAAAACAGCAGACUCCCUGCAGCAUCACAGCGAGAGAUGUCAGGUGAUGAAGCCUGUGCCAGUAGUCAUGCCCACAGCAAAGGACAGCAUCCUCAAAUAUACAAAUUUGAAGCACAGGAUGGUGGCUCCAUAUAUCAUUUACGCUGAUACGGAGGCCAUCAUUGAGCCGAUGGAGGAACAGCAUGGCAGCAGCACUGUACGCACAGCCCGUCAUGUACCAUGCAGCAUCAGAUAUGCUGCCAUCCGAUCCAACGGUGAAGUCCGUGGCGAGUUUGACGACUGCAGUGAGAAUGCCAUUCACAACUUUUUCGACAGUCUCAAAGAGUUGGAAGGCAGUAUCCAGGAGGAUUUGGCUGAUAUCAGGCCAAUUCGCAUGACGGCAGAACUGGAGCUUGAGUUUCAGAACGCAGUCAACUGCUGGAUAUGUGAUGAAGUACUUGGAGAAGAUCGUGUUCGUGAUCAUGAUCAUCUCACUGGCAACUACCGUGGUGCUGCACACUACCAGUGUAAUAUUCAGCUGAGUAUCUACCCAGAUCGCCAGAUCAUUCCGGUUGUGUUUCACAACCUGAAAGGGUACGAUGCUCACCACCUCAUCGCCCACAUUGGUAUGACCGAGGUUGAAGAGGUGGAGUACGAGGACUCUAACCAGCGUAAGCGGAUUAAGAAGGUUGGUGAGAUCAGUGUCAUCGCCAACAACAUGGAGAAAUAUAUUUCAUUCAAGUGGCGCCAGUACCGCUUCAUUGACUCCAUGGCCUUCUUGAACUCCUCUCUGGACUCGUUGGUGAGCAACACCCCGGAAGAUGCCUUCAAGCUUACUCGUACAUUGGCCCAUCAUGACCUUCUCCUGC